AUGUCUACCGACCUCGACAGCCCAUCUCAGAUCUCAGGCGGCUGCUUAUGCGGCGCCAUCCGCUAUGUAAUUGACUUUUCUGGCGAGUCCACCUGGCCUCCUGAGUCAUCAACAUGUCAGUGUACCAUGUGCAGAAAAUUCACCUCGAGCAUCUACCCACAGAUGCUGGAUCUAUCCACCACGCAACUCACGCCCCGCGAUCUGUCUACUUUCCAAACCUACAGGGAAUACCGCUCUUCCGAAAAAUGUCUGCGCGGAUUCUGCUCCACCUGCGGCAGUUCGCUGAUCUUCCGCUCCGAAGAAACACCAGAUCGGAUAUGUUUCUUCCUGGGGACGGUGGAUGAGGAGGCGCUGGUAGGUGAGAGGGUGGCAGGGUCGGACCGGAAGACGGAGUUUGGGGUCGUAUGGGAAAGAAAAGGGGGCGUGGGGAAGGUAUUGGCGACGCCAAAUUCGGAUCAGCUGUAUUGGGAGAAUGUCAUUCCAGAAGUUUCGGAUCUGCUGAAGGAUGGGAAAAGGUAUAUGGCUGAUACCGGGGAUGGAAAGGCGCUGGGGUGA